AUGUUGAACGAAACAACAGCCAUUGUCUGCAAUAGGGAACUACUUGUGGAUAUUGCUGAUAUUGAUAACAGCUUCAUGGAUCCGCAGCUUUGUGCAACCUUUGCUUGUGACAUUUACAACCACUUGCGUGCAUCCGAGGUCAAGAAAAGACCUUCCACAGAUUAUAUGGAAAAAAUUCAGAAAAAAAUAAAUCCAAGCAUGCGUGCAUUACUAAUCGAUUGGCUUGUGGAGGUAGCCGAAGGCUACAGCUUUGUACCUGAGACAUUGUAUUUGGCUGUGAACUACAUAGAUCGAUAUCUUUCGGGGAAUCCUAUCGAUGGAGAACGAUUGAUGUUACUUGGUAUUGUCUGCUUGAUGCUUGCAUCGAAAUAUGAAGAUAUGUGGACACCCUCGGUUGAAACGUUCUGUGACCUUGCUGAUAACAUUUAUCUCGAAGAAGAGGUCUUAGAAAUGGAAUCUUCUGUGUUGAGUUACUUGAAGUACGAAAUGACAGCCGUAACAACUAAAUCUUUCUUGAGCCGAUUUGUUCGAGCUGCUCGAGGGGCCAAUCAUGAGCUUCCCUCAUUGCAUUUGGAGUGCUUAGCGAAGUACCUUGCAGAACUAUCUCUUCUAGAUUACAGUAUGCUUUGUUAUGCUCCAUCACUUAUAGCUGCCUCUGCGAUUUUCCUGGCCAAUUACAUAAUGCUACCUUCAAAGAAGCCAUGGAAUGCUACCUUGAAGCAUUACACCCUUUACCAUCCUUCAGAUUUGCCCGACUGCGUCAAGGAUCUCCAUCGUCUAUGUUACGAUAAUCCAAGUUCUGGUUUACCUGCCAUUAGAGAGAAAUAUAGUGAACAUGAGUACAAGUGUGUUGCCGAGAAGCACUGCCCAGCAACAAUCCCUACAGAGUACCAAGCAUAG